UACCCUGUGGGGGCAGAGCGCUGUCGUUGGUUUCGUCCCGUGCGGACCCUAGCGACGGAGGGCGCGCCGAAGGAAGAUGGCGGUGCUGGCUCUCCCGUUGCUGCCGGUUUCGUGAGCGCGGCGAUCGCUCUUCCUCUUGUCCCGUCCUUGCUUCUGCACUCGGCUCCUCCCGGCUGCUCUCAGCCUCUUCUUUGUCGCCGGGGCCGUAGAGAUCAUGUCGGACUCAGAGGAGGAGGAGAGUCGGGACCGCCAGCUCAAGCUGGUGGUGCUGGGGGACGGCACCACUGGCAAGACAUCCUUAGCUACACGUUUUGCUCAAGAAACAUUUGGAAAACAAUACAAACAAACCAUAGGAUUGGACUUCUUCUUGAAAAGGAUAUUAUUGCCAGGAAAUUUGAAUGUUACUCUUCAAGUGUGGGAUGUAGGGGGACAAACGAUGGGAGGCAAAAUGCUGGAUAAAUAUAUUUAUGGAGCUCAGGGUAUUCUCUUGGUUUAUGAUAUUACCAAUGGCCAGAGUUUUGAAAAUUUGGAAGACUGGUAUAAUGUGGUAAAAAAAGUGAAUGAAGAAUCAGAAACACAGCCACUUGUGGCCUUGGUUGGAAAUAAAAUUGACUUGGAGCAUAUUCGCACAGUGAAAGCUGACAAGCACCAGCGAUUUUGUCAGGAAAACAAUUGCAGUAGCCAUUUCGUGUCAGCCAAGACAGGAGAUUCUGUCUUCCUGUGUUUUCAGAGAAUUGCUGCUGACAUACUCGGCAUCAAAUUAAACAAAGCAGAAUUGGAACAAUCACAGAAUGUUGUCAGGGCAGAACUAGUGAAAUAUCCCGAAGAAGAUAACCAACAUCACACUUCCAACUGCCAGAGCAAAGUCUGCUCAAUGCAGUAGUUCAGAGGGUGGUGAAGGCAGAUAUUGUCAACUACAGUCAGGAGCCUGUGACAAGAAGCGUUAAUCCUCCCAGAAGCUCAAUGUGUGCAGUUCAGUGACCAUGCUCUUCUUCUCUGGUUUGAAACCUUUGCAAUCCUCCUGCCUUGACACAGACACUGGGAUUACCAGGAACUUUGUUUUAACAGGGACCAGCGCAACAAUGCAAUUUGAGGUUUCAGAAACAUGUUGCACCAUUUUCCAUUAAGAAGCAGCAGGCAGUUCUUUGAAUGGCUGAAAUUCAAACAUGAGACCACACGCUUGAAAAAUUGCCAUCUAUAUUCUUUUAAGUUAUAUUUAAAUGAAACUGUAUAACUGUGUUUAUAUUUCCUCCUCUCUAUUUGACUGAUACCAGAAUAAAAAUGGAUGAGGAAGCCCUGCAUUCGAAAUGCUUUUAAAGGCAUCACCAUGGAGUGGUAUUUUGCCAAAGCAUUUUUAAUUUUUUUUUUUCUCCAGUUAUUUGAACUGACACUCAGCAAAAUGUUACUUGGAAAAGCUGUUGUUUGAAUAAUUUUAAACACAUAUUACAUAUUUUAUCUAGGGAUAAAUUUGAAAGUGUUCCAUUAAUAUAUAUACACUUAGCACAAAAUGUAUAAAUUAUAUCCAGGGAGAAACAGUGCUUGAAAUAAAGCUGUUAUUAUAAAAAUAAUUGCUUUUCUGAAGUCUCAAAUUGUCUCCAUGGAUGCUCUGAAAAAUGCUAGUGUUUUUGUGUAUUUUUAUUACCACAUCAGCAUUACUUCUUACAGUAAUAGGCUUAUAUGUCUUUAUGAAUAUGGAUGAAUCUCAGUCAACAGUUUGGUCUGUAGAUGAUGAGUGAUAUAUUCAACAUGCAUUAGAAACUGUUGAUAGAUCAAUUAACAUCAGUCACUUUAAAUAACUAACAGAAUAACUUUUGGCCUGGUACUCAUUUCUUUUGAAUUUAGAGUAAAUGACAAAUAAAAAGCUGUGCGCUUGGUGAUCUUUACACUUCUCCCCUGUUGCUUUUCUAGCAGUGCACAGUUCUCUGCUGGCACAUCUGAACAGAAAGCUAAGGAGAGAAAAAAAUCAAUUCCCAAACUAGAAAACUUUUUCUGUUUAAACUCUAGAAUGUGCUUUCUAAUAACUACAAGGAAACAUUUGAAGUUUCAGUAAGUAAUGAAGCUAUGAAGGAAGCUUGUAUAUCACAAGUGAAAAGUAUGAGGUUCUUCAAGUGAAUGCAACUAUUAAGCUGUUCAAGAAAGUUCUUAUUAGUUGGAACAAUUAAAUUAUUAGUAGUUUAACAAAGUAGCUAAACUAUUUUAACUAUGUUAAAAAAAGAUUUCAGGUGGCAAAACAUCCUAUUUAUUAGCUUAACACAUAAUUAUAUAAGUCUGUGAUACGACUUAGUGUGCGUUGUUUAGCAUUCAGAUGUGGGAAAUUCUAAGAAGCUGAGAUACUGAGAAAUUAUGCUACACUAAGGUAGGUGUGUUUUGCAGUAAAUUAUUUAUUCUAGUCUGUAUUGCUCCUUCCCAUGGGGUUGAUGUCCCACUGCAUCACUUUACUGUAUAGUUAACUGCACCUGUAAGGACAACUCUCUUUCACUACAACCAGAUGAGAACUUCUCUUCAAAGAGCUUUUCUUAAGCAGUUGUUCAGUUCACAAGUUUAUGGCCUCCAAGGCAGGUGGAAAGUUUUUUAAAACCUUACAUUUCUUGGUGUGUUUGUGCCCUCAACUCUGCUUGUAUGCUCAAAUACUGACAAGAACUGCCCCCUCUGAGAACCUGAGCACAAUGUGGCUCAGCAGGUGGCUGUGGUCUUUCUCUAGUUCAUGCGUAUCAUCUUCAUGGUCCUACUUCCCAAGUAAAAGGUAGCAUGGUCUUAACAACUACUUGGGUUGUUUAUUUAUUUAUUUAUUUUUUAAACACUAUUGUUGUUUUACUUUUGAAAAGAAAGUGCUUUUUCAUGACUUCAUAUGCAGAGUCCAUUUUUACCUUGAAUAAUAAAAAAUUUUUGCUUUU